UGGUUAAAAGCCUUAAAAAAAUGGCGGAAAUAUCUCAUAUUGUUGCUAACGCCCAUCCUAUUGUCCCCUAUACCGUUGGCUUUGCAAGACAAGCGGGCAAGUUGCGCCUACGCAAUCAUGAUCAUGGCGAUCUACUGGACAACUGAAUCAUGUUCCUUGGCUGUCACGUCAUUGUUACCAUUGCUACUAUUCCCCAUACUUAGUGUAGUCAAAGCGAAGGAGAUCAGCACGCCUUAUUUCAGCGACACCAACGUCCUGUUCGUGGGGGGUAUGAUGCUAGCCGUUGCCGUGGAGCAAUGGAACUUGCACAAGAGAAUCGCUUUGAAAAUACUUCUGUUAAUUGGAACUCAACCAAGAAGGUUGCUACUAGGUUUUAUGUGUCCGACUGCUUUCCUUUCGAUGUGGGUCAGUAAUACCGCCACAACUGCAAUGAUGGUACCCAUUGCCCAGGCCGUGUUAGGAGAAAUCAGGGAAAUCAGGAAAAUUGGCGUUGCUAAGUCUGAGACGGAUGGGAAAGAAGAAGUUAUUGCAAACUCUGAGCAUGUUGAGAUGGCUGUGAUGGAUGAAAAACCUUCUGCCACGAGAAGCAUUAGCACCGUUAAAUUGUCCAGCCCGCCGGAUGACAAGGCCUUCAGAGAUCUUUGCAAGGCAACAAUGCUGUCGAUAGCAUAUGCCGCCAACGUCGGUGGAACAGCAACGCUUACGGGGACUGGCACUAAUCUUGUCUUUGUUGGACAGACAGAAGAGUUAUUUGAUGAAAGUGGAGGUAUUGGUUUUGGAGAUUGGUUCAUAUUUGCGUUUCCCGAAGCAGUUAUCUUGCUGUUAAUCAGUUGGCUUUGGUUGCAAUGGAUGUUCCUUGGAUUCAAUUUCAGAACCAUUGUUAACUCGUUUCGAUCAAGAACUGGUUCGUCAUAUCAUUCAAAUGAAGAACAAUCUUCCGUUAGAAAAGUCAUUCAACGCGAGUACGAUGCCCUGGGACGAAUGACGUAA